AUGAACCCCUUCAAGAGCAGCAACAGUGCUAAACAGAAGCAAACCGGAGGAAAAUUUCUGGGAGUUCGGAGGAGGCCAUGGGGACGAUAUGCUGCAGAGAUACGCGAUCCCACCACAAAGGAAAGGCAUUGGCUGGGCACCUUCGAUACUGCAGAGGAGGCCGCCCUGGCCUACGACAGAGCCGCAUUGUCUAUGCGCGGCUCUGGUGCCCGGACUAACUUUUGUUACUCGGAGUCAGACGUUGUCAUGCCUGCAGCUGGUAAUUCUUCUGUCACCAACAAUCACAUCCAUCACUUUUCCGAACAAUCUCCACAGCUGAUGAUGGCAGCAGACUGCCCAAAUGAAGCGUCAUCCUCUCUCUCUGAGCCUUCUUCUAUGUGGCCGGGUUAUACUCUCGGUGACACUGUCUAUCAGCAACAAGUUUCUGAAAGUGAAAUGAACCAAGCAUUGUCCAAUUCCCACCAAACGCCAGGAGGGACUGAGCUGCCAUCAGAUUUCAUCCCCGGUGUGAUGCAGUCAGCAGGUCAUAACGAGGGACAUUAUAACCAAGGCGAGUGGACAAGUAGUCUAUUUGGGUACGACGAGGAAAGAAGAGGGUCACCUAGCAGCCUGCUAUUUGAUUCUAGUUAUGUACACAGUCCACUCUUCAGUCAGAUGCCUCCAGUUUCAGAUGCUGAUUCUUUGGAAACUUUUAAUUUGGGUUCUUCGGCCUAUUUCCUCUGA